UCUCUCUCUGUGUGUGUGUGUUUCUAUCAGGGUGGAUCAAUGCAUGCAUGAGCCUGAGCUCCACACACACACACCCGCUCGCUCUGUCCGCGCAUCCGCAGCGUCGCGUCGCUCCGUCUCUCUCUCUCUCUCUCGCGCGCGGCUGACGCGGGCCGCUCCUGGAUAUGUGCAUGUUGUAGGAAAGCCGCCGCCGCAUCGCAGGUCGAAGGCCAGGAGACAUGCCGGUGUGACGGGACCGGAGAUCGGUAUCUUCCGCGCUAUCUUCGCUAAGCCCGGCUCCGCUGUACCGAGCGCCGGUGCUGGGGCGAGCGGCCUGUAAACACAAGAUGUCGACCCGAACGCCAUUGCCCACCGUUAACGAGCGCGACGCCGAGAAUCUCACGUCUGUCGAUGGCUACACGGACACACCAGCACCACCCACAAAAUCAGCGAGUCGACAGAGUCUCCCUCGCUGCCGCAACUCAGUGGCGUCCAUCACAGACGAACAACCUCACAUCGGGAACUACAGACUCCUCAAAACCAUCGGCAAAGGGAACUUUGCUAAAGUCAAACUUGCCCGCCAUGUUUUAACAGGAAGAGAGGUAGCGGUGAAGAUCAUUGAUAAAACACAGCUCAACCCCACAAGUCUACAAAAGCUCUUUCGUGAAGUGAGGAUUAUGAAGGUCUUAAAUCAUCCUAAUAUAGUUAAAUUAUUUGAAGUAAUCGAAACAGAGAAGACACUUUAUUUAAUAAUGGAGUAUGCAAGUGGAGGUGAAGUGUUUGACUACUUAGUCGCUCAUGGGAGGAUGAAGGAAAAGGAAGCCAGAGCAAAGUUUCGACAGAUUGUGUCUGCAGUGCAAUAUUGCCAUCAGAAGAGAAUAGUCCACAGGGAUCUCAAGGCUGAAAACUUGCUGCUAGAUGCGGACAUGAAUAUAAAGAUAGCGGACUUUGGGUUCAGUAACGAGUUCAUCAUCGGUAGUAAGCUGGACACGUUCUGUGGCAGUCCUCCGUACGCGGCUCCCGAGCUCUUCCAGGGGAAGAAGUACGACGGGCCAGAGGUGGACGUCUGGAGUCUGGGGGUCAUCCUCUACACGCUUGUCAGCGGCUCACUUCCCUUUGACGGACAGAAUUUGAAGGAGCUGCGAGAGAGAGUUUUGCGAGGGAAGUAUCGUAUACCCUUCUACAUGUCCACAGACUGUGAAAACCUUCUGAAGAAGCUGCUGGUGCUUAAUCCAGGCAAACGUGGAAGUCUAGAGCAAAUCAUGGAGGACCGCUGGAUGAAUGUAGGUCACGAGGAAGAGGAACUGAAGCCCUACACAGAACCUGAGCCAGACAUCAGCGACAACAAACGGAUAGAGCUGAUGAUAACUAUGGGUUUCCCUAAAGAUGAGAUCACAGAAGCGUUAGUAGGGCAGAAGUAUGAUGAGGUCAUGGCCACAUAUCUUCUGCUGGGCAGGAAACCUCCAGAGUUUGAAGGAAGCGAUUCGCUGUCCACCACAAACCUGUGUCAAAGGUCACGACCCAGCAGCGACCUGAACAACAGCUCUACGCAGUCACCCGCACACUCCAAAGUCCUGCGCAGUAUCUCGGCCACGCAGAAACAGCGCCGAUUCAGCGACCACGUCGCUCCGUCCAUACCUCCGGCCGUCUCCUACACCAAACGCUCUCAGGCCAACAGUGUGGAGGGAGAGAAGAAGGAAGAGGGCAAGGUGCCCUCCUCCAGCUCUAAAGGAGACAUGGCCACCUCUCCUCUGGUGGCCCAGGAACGCAGGAAGUCCUCCACAGCUUCAGGGAAUAGCGCUGCUGGAUCGAUGACGAGGAGAAAUACAUAUGUUUGUGAGAGAUCCAGUACAGAGCGGUACUCAGCUGUACCCAACGGCAAAGACAGCAGUUUGACAGAGAUGUCUGCCUCGGCGAGUGCAUCUUCCUCCGUGUCUCCAGGAGCGUCCUCCGCACCGACGUCCACUCGGCCGCGUCAUGUGAAGUCCAUGUCCGCCUCAGGCCACCCCACCAAGUCUCCGCUGCCGCCCAUCGAGGACAACGCUGAAUUCAAGGGCAGCUCUGGCUCCAGGGCUCCGUCCACGUCUCCGUCAGCUCACAGCAUCAGCAGCAUGACUCCGGAUCGGACCCGUUUUCCUCGGGGCACCUCCAGCCGCAGCACCUUCCACGGGGCGCAGCUCAGAGACCGCCGCAGCGCCACAUACAACGGCCCUCCCGCGUCGCCCUCGCUGUCCCACGACACGGGCGCUCUCGCCCAGGCCCGCAGGGGAACCUCGUCCGGAUUCAUCGGCAAGCUCACCUCCAAGUUUGUGCGGAGGGUACCCAGUGAAGGAGAGUCCCACGGUCGGGCGUACAGUUUGAGGAGCGGAUCCGGAGAACCCAAGGAGGAAGGCCGUGACUCGAAGCCCAGAUCGCUGCGCUUCACCUGGAGCAUGAAGACCACCUCGUCCAUGGAGCCGGGAGACAUGAUGAGAGAAAUCCGCAAGGUGCUGGAUGCCAACAACUGCGACUACGAGCAGCGCGAGCGCUUCUUGCUCUUCUGCGUGCACGGCGACGCACGGCAGGACAGUCUCGUCCAAUGGGAGAUGGAGGUGUGCAAACUGCCCCGCCUGUCGCUCAACGGCGUGCGCUUCAAACGCAUAUCCGGGACGUCCAUGGCCUUCAAGAACAUCGCUUCCAAAAUUGCCAAUGAGCUCAAGCUGUAAGCAAACGGUUCGAAAAAAUCUAUAGGGAACACAAAAAAAGGAAUCUCGCCAGGACCAUUUUGAGUUACUGCUUCUGUAAGCUACUGCUGUAAUGUGUAGUGGAGAAAAAAUAUGAAUGCAAAACGAUGAAAAGAGAAAAACCACCCCUAGCCUGAUCUUCAUGACCUCUCGCAUAUACGCCUGGUUAAAACAACCAUCUUGCAAUAAUAUCGAAACCCCUUCAGGGUCGGCAGGACAGAGAUCUGUCGAGAGAAUUAUCGCAACAGACUUGAACCGACUUUUUCCACAUGUACAG